AUGGCCCUGAAAUUCCCCAUCUACCCGCCGCCUCAGUAUGGAGGCCAGACUCAGCCUGUCAAGCGGCCAAAGGAAUUUGCAUGUUUCUCAUAUGACAAGGACCACAAGUUCCGGUUGGACGACUCAUCCCUAAAGUGGUACUACCCGCCAGACCUGGGCGUCAAUCUGAGCAAUGGCUUCGACCAGUUCAUCCGGCACGAUGACAGCAUCGACGAACACCUGGACAGCCUCCUCAAAACCAUCGCAAGCCAUGAACAAAAGACGGGCGAGCCGAUCGAUGCCCACAUUGUCACCUGGAGAGGCAUGUUGACCAAGAUCAUGGCCGUGCCGUUCGACGACUCGGAAUUCGAGAUGAACGCUACCUUCUACCGAGAUUCCAUUUUCGUUGAGGAACACCAUGCCUUUAGCCUGGCACAGAGGCAGCAGGAGGUGGCUGGGCGCCCUGGGAGGAGAAACGGGCCGUUACCUGAAAUGAUGAGUUAUUGGGGCUACAAAUUCGAGACUCUCAGCACAUUGCCCCGGCCAUGGGGUGAGACAUCAAGAGACUAUAUCGAAAACCGAGACCAGGAGGUCGUCAACAACAAAGAGCAGUAUUGCUCUGUUGUCCGCACAGGCUUUGGCAACACCAUCGUCUGUCUCGGGGGUGAAGUUGACGCGAUUUGGGACGCAAAGCCAGCCACGCCAGGAGAACCCAUCAAAUGGGUGGAGCUCAAGACAAGCGCCGAGAUUCGCAAUCAAAACGAGCAGUUCCGGUUUGAUCGGAGGGCCCUGAAGUACUGGAUUCAGUCCUUUCUUUUGGGCGUACCCAAGAUCAUAGUUGGCUUCCGGAAUCAAGACGGCAUUCUUACUAGCGUCCAAGAGUUCCAGACCAUGAGUCUUCCGUACGAGGUGCAACGCAGGGGGAUGGCCAAGUGGGAUGGGAACGUGUGUAUCAAGUUUGCCACACUCUUUCUUGACUGGCUCCGCCUCAACAUCAAGGACGAAGGCGUCUGGAGGAUAAGGCGGCGAAAGGGAGCAAAGGACAUCGAGGUCUUCCGGGUCGAGGAGGUCGGCCACGGCCGGAUUAUCACGGAUGAGUUCAUGGACUGGCGGAUAAAACUCGAGCUCAGGAAGGCCAAACCACCAGACCUGGAGACGCCACCGGCGGUGUAA